AUGGCGCCACACUCGGACCUGCUCCGUGACAUUAAGCACAUACAAUCAUGCUCCACUUUCUUGAUCCGGUCCGGCCUGACACUUACGGUGGUCCAUGACAGUAGUAUUGCCGAACGCCAGAAGAGCUAUUCAGUAGCGUGCUUGGAGCAACUUCAGCAUGAUCAUCUGUAG